UCCUGCACGAGUAGUGAGAGAGAAGCGCUGCUAUGUAUGGUAUCCACCCCCCCACAGUACCUCACAGGCCGGACAGUACUCCUCUCUCGCCUUUGUGUCUGCAGGGAGAAGCUGUGAAGGAGUGAUCGCAGGGGGGAGAAACAGUUGGUCGGUCCUGAAGAUGCUUGUAGGAGUUGGAUUUCUCUGCACAGUUUGGGAUGCUUGACAACUGCCACUGACGGACCAACUUUUUCUUCGAAAACUUUAUGCAUCAUUCCCCUAUCCCUCUACCGGGCUAAGGUGACCUUUCUGUCUGUGCACUUUUACUGUGAGACUAAAACCAAACACUUGUGGGGGUGUGUGGUAGCUCCGGACCAUGUUAUCCCUGUGCUUGUUCCUGCUCCCUCUCCUGAGCCUGGUGCCUCUGGCCCCGGCUGAGAAGGGCCUGGAGUUUCCACAGUAUGACGGGAAAGACCGUGUCCUAGACAUCAAUGACAAGAAUUACAAGAAAGCCUUGAAGCAGCACAACAUGGUAUGUCUGUUCUAUCAUGGGCCCAUACCAGACAGCAAGGAGCUGCAAAAACGACACCAGAUGACUGAGUUGGUGCUGGAGCUUGCAGCUCAGGUUAUGGAGGAGAAGGACAUUGGGUUUGGAAUGGUCGACUCCCACAAAGAUGCAAAGGUGGCAAAGAAACUGGGCCUGGAGGAGGAGGGCAGUGUGUAUGUUUUCAAGGCCGAUCGGGUGAUUGAGUUCGACGGCUUGCUCUCUGCAAACGUUCUGGUGGAGUUCUUGUUGGACCUGUUAGAGGAGCCAGUGGAGGUGCUAGGAAAUGCUCUGGAGCUGAGAGCUUUUGAUAGGAUGGAAGAAGACAUCCGGCUCGUUGGUUACUUUAAGAGCGAGGACUCUGAGCACUACGAUGCAUUUAAAGAAGCUGCAGAGCAGUUUCAGCCCUACAUCAAAUUCUUUGCCACAUUUGAGAAAUCUGUGGCCAAGGAGCUGACUCUGAAGAUGAAUGAGGUGGAUUUCUAUGAGCCCUUUAUGGAGGAGCCAGUCACAAUCCCAGGCAAGCCUCACUCUGAAGAGGAGCUGGUGGAAUUCAUAACUGAACACAGACGUCCAACUCUGAGAAAACUGCGUGCAGAAGAUAUGUUUGAGACCUGGGAGGAUGACAUCGAGGGCAUCCACAUUGUGGCUUUUGCAGAGGAGGAGGACCCUGAUGGCUUUGAGUUCUUGGAGAUCCUAAAGGAGGUCGCAAGAGACAACACCCACCUACCUGAGCUCAGCAUCGUCUGGAUUGACCCUGACGACUUUCCCCUGCUGAUCCCCUACUGGGAGAAGACCUUCAAGGUGGAUCUGUUCAGACCACAGAUGGGAGUCAUCAACGUUACAGACGCCGACAGCGUGUGGAUGGAAAUGGACGACGAAGAGGAUCUGCCCACCGCCCAAGAGCUGGAGGACUGGAUCGAGGAUGUGCUCUCUGGCAAAGUCAACACCGAGGAUGAUGAUGACGAUGAAGAUGACGACGAUGAUGAUGAUGAUGAUGAUGAUGAUGAUGAUGAUGAUGACGAUGAUGACAAUAACAAUAAUGACGACAAUGAUGAUGACAACGACGAUGACGAAGAUGAUGAUGACGAUGAUGAUGAUGAUGAUGACGAUGAUGAUGAUGAUGAUGAUGAUGAUGAUGAUGAUGAUGAUGAUGAGUAAUCCAUAGUCCAAUCCUUGUAAAUGUUGACUCUUUUCCUACAGGUUGAGUCUAACAUUGAUUUCCAACAAACUUCUGUACAGUAAAAUAACUUUCACAAAUAAACAAUCUCACAUUUGUACUGACUAUUUGCCAGCGAAUAAUACAUCUAUUUAAUAUCUAAAAAUGUAAUUUUUGGACAAUGUAAAUAAGCCUGAAAAGGGUUUAAAAAUUUCAAAUAAAAGAUA